GUGUCCCCGUGCCGACAGUACCUGGCCGCCUUUUUCUGCUCGUCUCUUAUUCUGACCUUCCUGUAUUACGCACCGCUGACAGAGUUCUGGUCUUGAAGCAGCGAGGCCACCAUCGCUGACCAGAGAAGCCGCUGGCAGCCGGGCCAGGGAGGCGUGGCGCGGAAAUUGGCGCUCGGAGGGGAGGUUUCCCGGGGGCAGGUUUGGAGCUGCACCCUGCGGAGGAUGGCGGAUGGUGGCCCCGCUCAGUCGGAGCCGCUCGCUUCUCCUGAGCCCAAUGACGACUUCAAGAAGCCAGCCCUGCCGGUGCUCGCGGGGGUGCGAGACAAGACCCCGGCCGCCAGUCCUCUCAACUCUGAGGAAGUGAAGCAGGAAAGGCCCGCGGCGCUGCCGGACCCCGAUCCCGGGGAGCCUGACCUCCCCGCGGCCCGGCCGGACUGUGAGGAGUCUGGGGAUCCCCAGGCGGAGCAGCCGCGGCCCCCCACAGCAGCUCCUUCUGGAGGUCCGUCCCGUGCUCCCCCUUACCAGGAGCCGCCGUGGGGUGGCCCCGCCACGGACCCCUACAGCCUCGAAACCCUGAAGAGCGGCACCAUCCUUAGCACCCGCAGUUUGAAAGGAACGAGCGCCUGCCUUUUCGGGAGGCUGUCUUGCUGCGACGUUUGUCUCGAGCAUCCUUCGGUGUCUCGGUACCACGCGGUGCUGCAGCACAGGGCGUCAGAGCCGGACGGAGAAGGCGACGGCCGCGGGCCGGGUUUCUACCUCUACGACCUGGGAAGCACCCACGGCACGUUUCUCAACAAAACCCGCAUCCCACCCCGCACCUACUGCCGGGUCCACGUCGGGCAUGUUCUUCGCUUUGGAGGUAGUACCCGGCUCUUUCUGCUUCAGGGACCCGAGGAAGACCGAGAGGCAGAGUCCGAGUUGACAGUAACUCAACUGAAGGAAUUGCGGAAGCAGCAGCAAAUGAUGCUGGAGAAGAAGAUGCUAGGAGAAGACUCAGAUGAAGAGGAAAUGGAUACUACUGAAAGGAAGAGAAAUGCUGGUAGUCAAGAUGAUGAAAUGGGCUGCAACUGGGGAAUGGGAGAAGAUGCAGUAGAGGAUGAGGCUGAAGAGAACCCGAUUGUCUUAGAGUUUCAGCAGGAAAGGGAAGCCUUUUAUAUAAAGGAUCCCAAAAAGGCGCUCCAAGGAUUUUUUGACCGAGAAGGAGAAGAAUUAGAAUAUGAGUUCGAUGAACAGGGGCAUAGUACUUGGCUAUGUAGGGUGAGAUUACCCGUGGAUGAUUCAACUGGAAAACAACUGGUGGCUGAGGCCAUUCACUCGGGAAAGAAAAAAGAAGCGAUGAUCCAGUGCUCACUGGAAGCCUGUCGAAUCCUGGACACUUUGGGGCUGCUACGGCAGGAGGCAGUAUCUCGGAAAAGAAAAGCCAAGAACUGGGAAGAUGAAGACUUUUACGACAGCGAUGAUGACACAUUUCUGGAUCGGACUGGCCUGGUUGAAAAAAAGCGUCUGAACCGCAUGAAGAAGGCUGGGAAGAUUGAUGAGAAGCCUGAGACCUUUGAGUCAUUGGUUGCAAAGUUAAAUGAUGCUGAAAGGGAACUCUCUGAAAUCGCUGAGAGGCUCCGAUCCUCGAGCCAGGCUCUCUCCGAGUCAUCCUCUCAGGACUCCCUAGACGCGUUCAUGUCAGAAAUGAAAUCAGGGAGUGCAUUAGAUGGCGUGUCCCGGAAGAAACUUCACCUGAGAACUUUUGAACUGAGGAAAGAACAGCAGAGACUGAAAGGGUUGAUAAAAAUUGUAAAGCCUGCAGAGAUUCCAGAACUAAAAAAGACUGAAAGUCAGACUACAGAUACAGAAAAUAAAGCCAAGAAACUUACGUUGCCUCUGUUUGGUGCUAUGAAAGGUGGAAGCAAAUUCAAAUUGAAAACUGGAACAGUAGGGAAGUUACCCCCCAAGCGACCAGAACUCCCUCCAGCAUUAAUGAGAAUGAAGGAUGGUCCUGAAGUAGAGGAGGAGGAGGAGGAAGAGGAAGAGGAGGAAGAGAAGGAAAAGGAGGAACAUGAAAAGAAGAGAACGGAGGCUGGAAGCAGCAGGCUACAGCAGGAGACAGGCCCAGAAGAAGCAGUGCAGGAAACAGGUCCUCCCACAGACCUCACAAGCACUAAAGAAACACAAAGCCAUGAAAACAUGUCUCACUGCAGCCACGUGGAUCGGGAUAACGAUUAUGAGGAGAUCAGGACAGCUGCCUCCCGUGAGGCGCCCUCAGUAGCAUCAAAGAAUGAAUGUGAGAAAAGUAAAGAUGAAUUGAAGAAAAAGAAAACUGAUCCAGGCAAAUUUCCACCAACACUUUCCUCCAAAUAUCCAGAAGAUGACCCGGACUACUGCGUGUGGGUUCCACCUGAAGGCCAAAGUGGUGAUGGCAGAACCCAUCUUAAUGACAAGUAUGGCUAUUGACUACUCCAGAAUCCCGAGGGAAGAGUUUGUGGCCUGUGACAUGGCAUAUUUGGGAUAAUAAGUCAAGUUGAGUGUCCAGAGAAGGAUUUGCGGCGUUCACCUGUAAAAUCUAGUGACUGGCCUUUUCUUCCAUGCUCUUGGUUUCUGGAAAUUACCUACCCAUUCGAUUGUCUGACUUUGGUAUUUAUGUUUAAAAGUGUUUGUGUAUGCAUGUAAAAAGGAGCCAUAUAUUUUGAGACUUAUUAAAGUGAGAGUCAUGUGUAAC